GGGGUGGGAUUCGCGUCCGCACCGCGUAAGCACCAUCCCGGAAGUGCUUACUGGUCGUCUCCAUGCGCCGGUUCCUGGGCGUAAAGCCUAGGCGCGAGGCUCAGACCCGCAGGUAGAGCGGACGCCGAGGGCCGGCCUGCUGGACGUGAGCCGCGGCGCCCGCGGGGGCCAGCCCCCAGCCAUCAUGCUGCUCCUGCCGAGCGCCGCGGAGGGCCAGGGCACCGCCAUCACCCACGCUCUGACCUCCGCCUCUGCACUCUGCCAAGUUGAACCUGUGGGAAGAUGGUUUGAAGCUUUUGUUAAGAGGAGGAACAGAAAUGCUUCUACCUCUUUUCAGGAGCUGGAGGAUAAGAAAGAGUUGUCAGAGGAAUCGGAAGAUGAAGAGUUACAGUUAGAAGAGUUCCCCAUGCUGAAAACACUUGAUCCCAAAGACUGGAAGAAUCAAGAUCACUAUGCAGUUCUUGGACUUGGCCACGUCAGGUACAAAGCUACACAGAGACAGAUCAAAGCAGCUCAUAAAGCAAUGGUCUUAAAACAUCACCCAGACAAACGGAAAGCAGCUGGGGAGCCGAUCAAGGAAGGCGACAACGACUACUUCACCUGUAUAACUAAAGCAUAUGAAAUGUUGUCUGAUCCAGUGAAAAGACGGGCAUUUAACAGUGUAGAUCCUACUUUUGACAACUCAGUUCCUUCUAAAAGUGAAGCAAAGGACAAUUUUUUUCAAGUGUUUUCUCCAGUGUUUGAAAGGAAUUCCAGAUGGUCAAAUAAAAAAAAUGUUCCCAAACUUGGUGAUAUGAACUCAUCGUUUGAAGAUGUAGAUGCAUUUUAUUCUUUCUGGUAUAAUUUUGAUUCUUGGAGAGAAUUUUCUUAUUUAGAUGAAGAAGAAAAAGAAAAAGCAGAGUGCCGUGAUGAGAGGAGGUGGAUUGAAAAGCAGAACAGAGCAACAAGGGCACAGAGGAAAAAGGAGGAGAUGAACAGAAUUAGGACACUAGUUGAUAAUGCUUACAGUUGUGACCCAAGGAUAAAAAAGUUUAAGGAAGAAGAAAAGGCCAAGAAAGAAGCAGAAAAGAAAGCAAAAGCAGACGCCAGACGGAAGGAACAGGAAGCCAAAGAAAAGCAAAGACAAGCUGAAUUAGAAGCUGCUCGGCUGGCUAAGGAGAAGGAGGAGGAAGAAGUUAGACAGCAGGCAUUGUUGGCCAAGAAGGAAAAGGAUAUCCAGAAAAAGGCCAUUAAAAAGGAAAGGCAGAAACUCCGGAACUCAUGCAAGAGCUGGAAUCACUUCUCAGACAGUGAGGCGGACCGCGUUAAAAUGAUGGAAGAAGUGGAAAAGCUUUGUGACCGGCUUGAACUAGCAAGCUUACAGUGCUUGAACGAAACACUGACGACAUCCACGCGAGAAGCAGGAAAGGCUGCCCUUGAAAAGCAGAUAGAAGAAGUAAAUGAGCAAAUGAGGAAAGAGAAGGAGGAAGCUGACGCUCGCAUGCGGCAAGCAUCUAAGAAUGCAGAGAAGUCAACUGGUGGAAGUGGGAGUGGCAGUAAGAAUUGGUCAGAAGAUGAUCUGCAGUUACUAAUUAAAGCUGUCAACCUCUUCCCUGCUGGAACAAACUCAAGAUGGGAAGUCAUUGCUAAUUAUAUGAACAUACAUUCUUCUUCUGGCAUCAAAAGAACUGCCAAAGAUGUUAUUGGCAAGGCCAAAAGCCUCCAAAAACUCGACCCUCAUCAAAAAGAUGACAUUAACAAAAAGGCUUUUGAUAAGUUUAAAAAGGAGCAUGGAGUGGCCCCUCAGGCUGACAGUGCAGCCCCCUCAGAACGAUUUGAAGCAGGGCCCUGCACAGAUUUCACCCCUUGGACAACAGAAGAACAGAAACUUUUAGAACAGGCUUUGAAAACGUAUCCAGUGAACACUCCUGAAAGAUGGGAAAAGAUAGCUGAGGCGGUUCCUGGCAGGACGAAGAAGGACUGCAUGAGACGAUACAAGGAACUCGUCGAGAUGGUCAAAGCAAAGAAAGCUGCUCAGGAGCAAGUAUUGAAUGCAAGCAGAGCCAAGAAAUGACGAGGCAGCCUUUGCUGUGUGCACUUUUAUAAUAAAACUGAAAAUAUUGUACACAUUUUCACUUGGGGUUAUGGUGCUCAUUUAAG